GCUCCUUUCUAGUCCCUCUUUUGUCCCUUCCUUUUUGUUAGCCUUUGCUCUGUCAACUUCAGUCCUUCUCUCCCAGAUAUCUCUCUGAUAUCCUCUCUCUCUCUCUCUCUCUCUCUCUCUCUCUCUCUCUCUCUCUCUCUCCAUGUGGGCUGCUGUCCCUUCCCCCUUCUCUCCCCUCUUUAUAAUUCCCACAUCCAUCUCAACACCACCUACCAGCUCAAAACCCUCUCUCAUCUUUCUUGUUAAUUUACAAAUUAAUUGUGAGUAGUAGUGUUCUUGAACAUGGAACCUCAUCAACAAGCCCAGCAGCAGCAGCAGCAAGCAAAUGAUCAAGAAGGUGGCGGGAAAAGCAGUAGCUUUCUGUGCAGGCAGAGCAGUACGAGGUGGACUCCGACCACUGACCAGAUAAGAAUCUUGAAGGAUCUUUAUUACAACAAUGGGGUUAGGUCUCCAACUGCCGAACAGAUUCAGAGGAUCUCUGCUAAGCUGAGGCAGUACGGUAAGAUUGAGGGCAAGAACGUGUUCUACUGGUUCCAAAACCACAAAGCCCGUGAGAGGCAGAAGAAGCGGUUCACUGCUGACAUCCCCAUGCACCGCUCUAAUGCCACUUCUCACUGGAAAAAUGAACCUGAUCAUCAGUUUCUCUCUCCUAUCUACAACAAGCUUUCUAACAUUACUGCCCCUCCUCCUCCUGGUAAUAAUUUCCCAUCUUCUUCGGCUUCUUCAGCUGCUGGUUUGCUGAGUGUGGGGAACUAUGGUUAUGGAUCCGUGGCAAUGGAGAAGAGCUUUCGGGAGUGCUCCAUAACCCCAAGUAGCAAUGGUGGUGGUCAGAAUUUUGCAUGGAUAGGUGUUGAUCCAUACUCUUCAGCCUACCCUUUUCUUGAAAAGAGAAAAUACGCCUCUAAUAAUGCUCAUCAAACCCUAGAACUGGAGGAGGAGGAAGACGACGAUGCCCCACCGGAGAUCGAAACCCUUCCACUAUUUCCCAUGCACGGCGACGCCAUCAAGCAAGAAAACGAUUACUACAACGGCUGGCGCCACCGUUCUGAUGAGGACGGUGCCACGGCUGGCGGUGCUAGGGCUUCCCUGGAACUCAGCCUCAACUCCUAUGCUGCCAGAUUCCCUACUCCCCCUUGAAUAGUUUUAGGGAAUACAUAUGCAAUAAUUGUAUAAUUAAUAUUCACCCUCUCCUUAAUUUUAGCACUCUUAUAAUGAUCUAUAUGAUAUAAUGAUGUGUAAUUAAUUAACUCGUGUUAAGUUGAGGGAGAUGCUCAAA